GGUGAAAUGAAGUCCGUGUCUGUGAUGGAGGAAGAUUCUGUCACUCUACACACUGAGAUGACUGAUAUUAGUGAUCAUGAUUUUAUUGAGUGGACGUUUGUAGCUGAAAACACUUUAUUAGUUAAAAUUAAUGUACUGGCCAGCAGCAUCACUGUAUAUGAUGGUGCUGAUGAGAGAUUCAGAAACACACUGAAGGUGAAUCAUCAGACUGGAGAUCUCACCAUCACACACACAACGAUCACACACUCUGGACUUUAUCAACUAAAGACUAUCACCAGUGUGAGCAAGAACUUCAAUCUUACUGUCUAUGCUCGUCUGCCGGUUCCUGUGAUCAUCAGAGACUCUUCUCAAUGUUCUUCAAGCUGUAAAUGUGUGUUGGUGUGUUCAGUGGUGAAUGUGACACAUGUGACUCUCUCCUGGUACAAAGGAAACAGUUUAUUGUCCUCCAUCAGUGUGUCUGAUCUCAACAGUCUCUCUCUACCUCUGGAGGUGGAAUAUCAGGAGAACAACACCUACAGCUGUGUGAUCAACAAUCCCAUCAGAAACCAGACUAAACAUCUCAACAUCACUGAAGUCUGUCAGAUGUGUUCAGACGUGAUCCGCUCUUGUGAUUCUGCUGAAGCUGCAAUGCGAUUGGUCGUCUCUGCUCUGAUGGGCGUGGCUGCUGUCGCUGCUAUUGUAGUUUUGGGUUAUGACAUCAGAUCCAGAAGACUUCACAGACUUCACCAGCAGAUGUGA